GUCUCUAACGGUUGUCUGACCCUAUCUUCGUUGCGGUGAAAUAAAAUUUCAACUGGGUUACGGUCAUGUUGAAGUCUGUUCUAGUCGUGUUUGCUGUGGUGGUAUCACUAUGUGAUGCCUUCUCAAGGGAGAAACGCGGAGAUGUUGAUUCUUCAUGGUUUGCGAACAACUUCAAAUUAUGCCUGCAUUGGUCAGGGACGUUUGACUGGUUUCAAUGCAACGGUGGUGGCACAACUCCUCAAGACCUUUGUGCUAACGUCAACCAAAUGACCCCUUUUUACCACGACUGGACGGAUUGGAGAAUUGGUGGCUGUAAGAUGCAAUGGGGGAUCAUUUCCUCUGCGACUAAUCCUCCAGAUUGGCUGAGUAAAGUAAAGAUGUGCUAUCAGUGGUACGCAGAGUCUGACGCUACUCAAUGUGGGGGUGAUGCUGGUAAAACCUACUGCGCUGAUGUCAACAAAUACACCACUGAAUAUUUUGAUGACACAGGCAAUCGAGAUGGGGGCUGCAUGAUGAGAUGGAUGAUUCAAGUCCCGGACAGCUCCCCAACUUGGAUGAAAGGCGUGCAGAUGUGCUUCAACUGGGAAGCAGAAGGAGACGCAGGACAGUGUGGUGGAAAAGCUCCGUUCAGCCAGUGCGUCAAAGCUAACAGUUGGACCGAGUACUACCGUGACAAAACUGACGACAGAAGAGGAGGCUGCAAGAUGAGCUGGGGCUUGAAGACUUCUAAUUGAAAUGAAGUUGAAAAUUAAUUAAAAUAUUUAUUUUUUUUUGUUUUAAAUUUAGACAAAAUCAAAUGCUUCAUAGCAUGUAUUGUCCUUUGAGA